AAGAGGAUGCCCUUCUUCAUACUUCCGGCGCUGUUGCCGGGCGACUGUGGAAAAGGAACACGCGACGAGGCUGUUGUGAGCUGAGUGAAGUGGGUUGUUAAUGUCCGUGCUCGGAAAUUAAAUUCGAUCCAUGUUUUGAUUUCAUUAAGUAAAUGGCGACGGCUGCCAACCUCACGCCUCUGAGCAGAAGGUCGCUGAGUACAUCUAGUACCAGUUCCAGUAAAAUAUCUUCAGCUCUGAACACAGAUGAAUGUGUACCAAGGUGUCAUGAAGACAGUGAUUUUCAAAAAGUGGAAGCACAGAGUUCUGACAAAUUGAAUAACUCCGGUGAAUUACAUUUUCCAAAUUUGGUGGACCUUCAUCAAGUGACAGUACUUCCAAAAGUAGAAUGGCAACGAAUCCAGGAUAAUUUGAAUGGCAUAAAUAAAGAAGCAGAAUUUAUUCGUGCUCAAAAGGAAGAAAAAGAAAGUUUACACCUAAAAUCAAAAGAAGUGACUAAACACUGGACAAAUACCAUUGCAGGUCAAAGGCAAAAAAGGCUUGAUGCAAGAAAACUACGUAAAGAAAAGGAAGAAGCAGAGAGGAAACAAAUAGAUAUAGAGGAAGCAAAGUAUAUGGCACAAAAAAGAAAAGAAGGCCUGGAGCGAGCUAAAACCCUGCUUUUCUAUCAAACUGAUAGAGUCAAAGGACUAAAUGCUGCACUGAUGCUUACGGAAGCCCUUAAAGAACGCGAAGCACAAAUUGAACUAAAGCGAAAAAGAAAUAAUCUUCUUGAAAGAGAAGAUAAAAGCUACAUGGAGGAAAUUCAACGUCAAAUUAAUUUGGGCGAGGAUGAAGAACAUCAAAAAUUAAUAAAGCAAAAUGAAAAGAGAAAGGCCCUUGCUGAGUUUCAUCAACAGCAAAUAAAGGAAAAUGAACAUUUAAAAGAACAAGAGAAACAACAAUACAUAAAGGAGGGAGAAGAAAUUAAGAAGUUAGCUCAUCUCUAUCAAUGGGAGCUCAAUAAAAUUGAACAACUGAAGAGCCAAGAAAAACAUAACAAUAUGAUGAAUCAUAAGGCACAUGUUGCAAAUCUGAAGAUCAUUAAAGCACUAGAAAAACAAAAAGAAGAAUUGGAAGAUGAAAAUAUCAGAUUAUUUGUUUCAGCCAAACAACAAAUGUUAAAACUUAGGAAAAAACGACAAACAGAAAUAGACAAGGAGAAAGAGAAUCAUAGAAAACUGAUGGUAAAGCUAAUAAGUGAACAGAUGAAAGAGGUAGUGCAGGAUGAAACAGCCCGCAUUGCCAAGGCUGCAGAAGAAAUGGAAGCUAAAAGACAGAUGGAAAUUAAGCAAAAGGAGGAAAAAACAAUGGCAGAUUUGACGGCAAUUGAAGAAUAUAGACUUAUGAUGAUUAAAAAGCGUGAAGAGAAGGAAAAGGAAGAAAAAAUACAAGCAAAAGCAGCUCUUCAUGCCAGGAUUGAAGCAGAUCAUUUAAACCAUGAACAAGAAAAGAAAAAGAAGCUAAAAGCCCGAGAAGAGGGUGGGCGUGUACAAUCCUUCCUUGUUGAACAAAUGGCGGAAAAAAAAGCAAAGGCUUUACGUGAUCGUGCUGCUGAACUAGAGUACAAACAAAAAAGCUUAGCUCUAAUUGAAAUGGAAAAGAAAGAAUUUGAAGAGUAUGCACAACAAAUUAUAGUUGCAGCCACUAAAAAAGGCCGAAAUGUUUAUCCACUUCUUAAGGCUGCUCACCAAGGCAUUGGUGGUGGACGUGGUCCUGUGUUAAUUGAAGAAGGUGGGAUAAGACCUAGUUACCAGGUCAAGGACACCUCCGGAGUUCAACUUCCAAAUUAUAAACGCAGUACAACUGAGGAAAUUAAACAUUUAUAUGAUAGAUGUGAUUUUCAAAAAUCCAAGAAAUCACUAGGUUUUACAUGGUAAAAGCUUUGGAAAUUUUUGAUGUAUAUAUUGAUUUUCAUUAUUACAAAUAUUUGCAUUAAUGAAAACUACUGUGAAUCUUUCUGUAUGACCAUCUGCACAUGGGCAACCAUAUAUUGUUCCAGAUUUAAUAUAAUUAUUCUCUUUCAUGCACUUGAAACUAACAACUUUUGUGUAACCAUUCCAGUAAUAUGUUUGAGAGACUUCAGCAAAGUAUGAAACAAUCAUUGAAAGAUAAUGGCAAAUUCAAAGGAAUAAACAAACUCAAUGUGAAACAUUUAUCAGCAUCGGUACAAAUAAAUUUAGGACUAUAAUAAAAUAAAGCAGAAGAAUAUAUGCAAUUUGAAUGGAAAAAUAAUUUAGAUGAGCAAAAUUAUAAUCUCAAUCAUAAUUCCUAUACUGUACAUUAGUUUUAGAGCUAAUAAUGAUAUUGUUAUC